AACAAACAGACAAUAAAUUGCUACUUCUCUCUCGCGCAAAACAGCGAGGAGAAGGCGGAGAUGCUCUUCGAUUCCCUCUCGGAAAUCGAUCGGACGGCGCAGAGAACAUGUCCGAGCCUGGGGACCCCGCCAUCAAGCUAUUCGGGACCACCAUCCCCAUGGCCGCGGCGGCUGAUGAGGAGCCCGAUGUCGAGGAAGCGGAGGCGAAGACGCAGCAGAAUUCAUCAAAGGGAGUAACAAAUAUGGAAGUCAACAAUGAUUCUUCUAUAUCAGCUGAAGAAGAGAAUGAAGGUGACCCAAUUAGUUUAUCUGGUUUGACCAGUGGCAAUGAAGAUGACCAUAAAACAUCCGUUGAAGCUGAAAAAGAAGCAGCAAAGAGUGAGGCUGAUGGCUCUGUACCAGAGAAGGUCCUCAAGAAGCCAGACAAAAUUCUACCAUGUCCUCGCUGUAAUAGUAUGGAAACCAAAUUCUGCUAUUACAACAACUACAACUUUAAUCAACCUAGACACUUUUGUAAGAAUUGCCAGAGAUAUUGGACUGCUGGGGGAACAAUGAGGAAUGUUCCUGUGGGUGCUGGUAGGCGUAAAAGUAAGCAUUCCAAUUCACCAUAUCAUAAUGUAGUGAUUUUGUCAGAUGGAUUUCAGAGUUUUCAGUCAGAUGCUCUUAAAUCUAUUCAUCAUCGGCCUCUUCCAUGUGCGUCUUCUACCGCUUCACAACCUUUGAUAAGAAAAGGGACCAUCCUUAAAUCUGAUCAAGAAGAUCCUCUUUACGAGUCUGUGACCUGUGCAUUUAAUAUCAGGGAGCAAGGAAACAAUGCUGCUUCUGACUCAAUGAUAUGUGGAUAUAAAAGAGAGGAACCCUCCUGUUCAUCUUUUGCAACAGCCUCCAAUUUUGUCAAAAAUGUGUCUGCUGAAAAAGCAGUUCAUGUGCGAUCAAGUGGCAUGCGAGUUUACUGUAAUGGACUAGCACCUCUGCCUCAUUUGCAGUAUUAUCCUGGGGUUCCAUGGGCUCACCCAUGGAGUCUGGCAUGGAACAGUGUUGCUGCCAUGGAAGCUGGUAGAUGCUCAUCUGAAUAUUCUUGCACAGUGGAGAAUGACAAUUCAAGUUCGGUUUCAUGGAGUCCCAGAGCAUUGAUGGCAGCUUCUCCUUUUUGUGCAUCAACACUACCUUUCUCUUUCAUGCCGGCUCCAUUUCUGGGCUAUUCCAUUUUGCCAAAUGGAACAUGGAAUGUACCAUGUGCUGGAUCUAAUGGUUGCAUAUCACCAUCACCCUCUACGAGCGAUAGUGGAUGUUCAGGAAAUGGCUCUCCAACUUUGGGUAAGCAUUCCAGAGAUUCUAGUAUACAGGGAGAGAAUAAUAUGAAGAAGCCUUUAUGGGUCCCUAAAACCCUUAGGAUGGAUGAUCCAGAAGAGGCUUCCAAGAGUUCCAUAUGGGCUACCCUUGGUAUCAAGCCUGAAAUGGGCAGUAUCUUCCAGUUCAAGUCUGAACACAAGGCUAAAAAAUUGGAUGGCGCACAGCUAUUGCACGAAAACCCGGCUGCAGUAUCUCGUUCUCAUUGCUUUCAGGAGAGCACAUAAAGAGCUCUCUCUGAAGUCGUGUGGAAAUGACUCUGUAUGAUGCGUGCCAUGUGAUUUGGGAGCUCACUUGGCUGGUGGCCUUAAAACCAGGAUCUGAAAUUGUUACAAAGCUAGCAGGGGAAAGGGCCAAGCUUGUUUAACAUAUCUAAAAUUGUUGAAGAAUUCGUGUUGUAGAUUCAAGAGGAACACAAUUCUUGUUUAUAAGUUUUACUUCAGAGAGUUCGUCAUCUCCUGACAGAAUUAGUUUACCAUGAUAUGAGGAUCAAGUUGAAAAAGGUGAACAUAAACAUAGUAUCGGAACUGAAAAUUCUUAAUCUUCAAAUGGCAUCCUUGUUCUAAUACGGAAAAAGAACUUUUGCUUUUAUAUGGUUCUUGGCUGCGUUGUUGGAUGCUUCCUUGAAAUUUAUACAAAUAAAGGCAAUAUCAUUGAUUUUCACUGCACAUCGAUAACUUUGUUGUCCAAUAGUCUUACAUCUCUUCUUUCAGUUACUCAAAGACUAUUGUUAUCGGCUGAGGUCAUGGAAAUGCUCCGAUAUCUUUUGGUCGACAGUAUUCUAAUGGUUGUCUGUAGUUGUUUGAAGUGUGUUUUCUUUAAUUAUCAUAGUCUGUGGAAAGUUUUUUA